AAAACCCCAUUUCCUAGUUCUAACUCCUAAAAAGAACAUUGCUUGCAAAUGUUACUUUAAUUCAAUUAAAAUAGGAAAGGUUGGCCUUUCCCUUCACUUCACUUCAUAAGAUCAAAAUCAAUUUCAUCUCAUUUUGUCUUUACCCUCUCCCCUCCUUUCCCCAAACUCCCCCAUUUCCUAUUCUCUCCCUAUUUCAGUGUCCAACAUUCUAAAUCUAGGGUUUCAUUUCUCCUGUUGUAGUCGAAGUGUAGUUUAACCAGAUGUUUGAAUUUCGAUGCUGAGAGUUUUGAACGGUUAGGCCAAGCUGUGAUUCCCUCCUACAUUUUCAGACUAAAAGCUGCGAUUCUUUCUCUCUGACAUUGUCUCGGGUUCAAGCUUUUCUAGUGUUUUGCUAUCCUGUGUUUUUGAAGUAUCUCGUUCAGGUUGAAAAUUCACUGAAUCUUUACUGCAAUUUUGCCAAGUGGUAAAUGAAUGGAUGGGAGAGAAGGGAUUAAUGUACAAGGCUCGUCUUCGUACUUCCUCAACAAUAGAGAUGGGUUUGGUGGUACCGGGCCUUUUGUCCGUGGCCCGGGCGUGAGUUUACAGGUGUCAAAUCCCAUUUACAAGAAUCUCUCUAACCACCAAAACAUCUCAUUGCACCCGAAUGCAGGGAUAACUGGGAAUGCUCCUGUGAGUGAAUCCUCAGCAUUUCAUGUUGAAAACUCGUCGCUGAACAAUAAUAUUAGCAGUAGUAAUAAUAAUAGUAAUAGUUACACUCAAGGGAUGAGCAUAGCUAUUGUGCCUGGUGGGUCCCAUGGAGGUGUUGAGAUGACGGAGAAGAAGAAGAGGGGUAGGCCCAGGAAAUACGGGCCUGAAGGGUCACCGAAAGUGACUUUGAAACUAUCCUCCCAUGUUCCGAAAAUGCCCUCGUCUUCUGAUCCGAACACUUCUGGGGAAAAACCGAGAAAAGGGAGGCCGCCUGGAACUGGGUGGAAACAGAAACUUGCUCAUCAUGGCGAUUGGAUGAACAGCUCAGCCGGGCAGGCUUUCACACCCCAUGUUCUUCAUAUAGGAGUUGGGGAGGAUAUUGCGGCAAAAAUAUUUGCAUUUGCACAACAGCGAUCGAGAGCUUUAUGCAUAAUGUCGGGGAGUGGAUCCGUUUCUUUGGUGACCCUGAAGCAACCUGAAACUCCUUCUAGCACUGUAACUUUUGAGGGUCGUUUUGAGAUCCUUUGUUUGUCUGGUUCUUACUUGGUGGCUGAGAAUGAUGGUUCGAGCAACCGGACAGGAGGUAUAAGCAUAUCUUUGUGCAGUCCGAAUGGCCAUACGCUUGGGGGGGCAAUAGGCGGCAAGCUUAUUGCAGCCAAUCAUGUUCAGGUGGUGGGGUGCAGCUUUGUGUACGAUGCUACGAAGGCCCAAACAGAUGAACGGAAACUUCUAGAACAAUUUUCUCAAAAACCGUACACCCCUUACAAUGCUGCCACUGUCCAAAACACUAAUUCAGGACCAAAUGAUUGGCAGCUAAGUUCACGACCGGUGGAAAGCUCUCAAGAGGAUUUUGAUCUCUCUCGCGGGUGAUUAUGAUAAAGAUGAUAUUAAACGUGCUACAAUUAGGAGCUUGGCAAAUUCUCUGUGCAUAUUGAUAUGAGAGUGAGAAAAGAACAGAAAAUUGCAACAACGUUUUAAGUUUGCAACAUUGUUCUAAGUUUCUACUAGAUGCAAGUAGUAUCGUGUUCGUUCGUAUAAAUUGGUGCGAUUUUAUUUGUAUUCGAGUAGAUAAUAAAAGUAGUGUCAACUUGGAAUUUUUGUUUUAUGACCAGUGAUAUUGUUCACCAUCUUUUGCUUAAUUUGAAUGACUGUCAUGUUUUGCACAAUUUUUAGGUGAAGGUAAAGAAAGAAAC